ACACACACACACACACACACACACUCUCUCACUCUCACACACACACACACUCACUCACACACACACACACUGUGUGUGUGUGUGUGUGUGUGUGAGAGAGGGACGCGUGCUGACGUCAGGGGCGCAUCAGAGCGCUGCCGCAGCGCUGUAGCGAACAGUUUGACUUGUACUUCUGGCUCGGUUGAAUCGCGGAGCUCUGCUGGGUGUGGCGAGCAGGAAUGUGCGUUUAUGGCCACCUGGUGCCGCCUCUGAUUCCGGAGCGCCGCCGCUCUGCACAACAACAACAACUUCAUUCCAACCGGAUACCGCAGAGCAGCGCCGAGUUCCGGCCAGCGGGGAGCGAAGCGGCGCGGCGCGGCGCGGGGAGGAGAGGAACACAUGCAGGAGCGCGCAGUCCGGCGGGCGGGGAGGCUUCCUUUAUUCAGCUCUCUGCGCAAAACAUGAAGUGUUUCUGCUCUCUCACGCGCCUCACCUUCAUUCACAGCUUCUGUUAAAAACAUAAAAAAGUCCAAACCCAGUGAGAUUUUACUCCCAUCCGCCCCACACACACUCCACACACACACUCCACACACUCAGCGCUGCGGUGUCCGCGAUCAGGAGCUGCCUUUUUUAAAAUCUCCUUCCUGCGCGGACCUCAUUGGGUCACAUCAGUGGUCGGUCCGGUUCCGGCUGGUGUGAGGAACAGGAGCACGCGGACACGCGCGGAGGUUUCGCUUGUUCGCGCGCGCGCUUCGCCGUUUCCGGCAUUCCCCCCACCUCCCGGGAAGCGGCUCGGACCGACUGCGGUACCGGACUGCGUGCUGCUUCCUUCCCCGUUUGGCUUGAUGAGCCGCCGGAUUGUGCCUUCAGCGACACUCCUCACUCCAGCGGGCUUCUCCUCUCCUCCUCCUCCCGCUCCGUCGCGCGCGCUUUCCACUCCGACAUGGAAGAUGGACCGCCUUCCGCAGGCUGCUUCCGAAGGCUCGCCGACUGUUUCCUCGGCUCAAGUCUGACGGAUGAGAAAGUGAAGGCGUACCUUUCGCUGCACCCGCAGAUGCUGGACGAGUUUGUGCUGGAGAGCGUGAGCGCAGAGACGGUGGACAGAUGGCUGAAGCGCAAGAGCAGCAGCCCUCCUACAGAUGAGCCUUCAACUAAAGAAGUGAGCAGGCAGUACCAGGACACUAAUAUGCAAGGCGUGGUUUACGAGCUCAACAGCUACAUGGAGCAGCGGCUGGACACGGGCGGAGACAACAAACUCCUGCUGUACGAAUUGUGCAACAUCAUCAAAACAGCUACAAAAGCUGAUGGUUUUGCACUAUACUUCCUUGGAGAAUGCAACAAUACCCUGUGUUUAUUCACGCCAACAGGGGCAAAGGAGGGGCUUCCCGGGCUCAUCCCCUCCGGUCCCAUUGCGUUCGGUACCACCAUAGCUGCUCACGUUGCCAAGACACGCAAGACACUACUUGUAGAAGACAUCAUGGGGGAUGAGCGGUUCCCCCAUGGCACAGGGCAGGACUCAGGGAUCCAUGUUCACUCUGUUCUGUGUCUCCCCAUCCUCACGGCUAUCGGAGACCUGAUCGCUGUGCUGGAGCUACACCGCCACCUGGGCCGAGAGCCUUUCAACCUCAGCCACCAGGAGGUUGCCACUGCAAAUUUGGCAUGGGCUUCUGUAGCUAUUCACCAAGUGCAGGUCUGCAGAGGUUUAGCAAAGCAGACAGAGCUCAACGACUUCCUCCUAGAUGUGUCAAAAACGUACUUCGACAACAUUGUGGCAAUAGAUUCUCUACUUGAACAUAUCAUGAUAUAUGCAAAAAACCUGGUGAAUGCAGACAGGUGCGCCCUCUUCCAGGUCGAUCACAAUAACAAAGAGCUGUACUCGGACCUCUUUGAUAUCGGGGAGGAGAAUGAAGGGAAGCCGGUAUUUAAGAAAACCAAAGAAAUUAGGUUUUCUAUAGAGAAGGGCAUAGCAGGUCAGGUGGCACGAACAGGAGAGGUCUUGAAUAUUCCAGAUGCCUAUGCAGACCCACGGUUCAACAGAGAAGUGGACCUGUAUACGGGCUACACGACGCGGAAUAUCCUGUGCAUGCCCAUCGUCAGCCGGGGGACCGUAAUAGGUGUCGUCCAGAUGGUGAACAAGCUGAACGGAAGUGCCUUCACUAAAACUGACGAGAACAACUUUAAGAUGUUCGCUGUCUUUUGUGCUCUGGCCUUACACUGUGCAAACAUGUAUCACCGGAUCAGACAUUCGGAGUGCAUCUACAGGGUGACUAUGGAGAAGCUUUCAUACCACAGCAUCUGCACGUCUGAGGAGUGGAAGACGCUCACACAGCUCUCCCUUCCGAGCCCCAUAUACAAAGAGAUUGAACUGUUCCACUUUGACAUAAGCCCCUAUGAGGAACUCUGGCCUGCAGUCUUUGUGUAUAUGAUUCACACUUCAUGUGGGAAAAACAGUUUUGAGCUGGAGAAGUUGUGUCGCUUCACCAUGUCAGUGCGAAAGAAUUACCGACGGGUUCCAUACCACAACUGGAAGCAUGCGGUGACUGUGGCCCACUGCAUGUAUGUCAUUCUCCAAAAAACCUCUGGAAUCUUCACUGAACUGGAGAGGAAAGGUCUGCUUAUAGCCUGCUUGUGUCAUGACUUGGACCACCGAGGCUACAGCAACAGCUACCUGCAAAAGUUUGACCACCCGCUGGCAGCACUGUACUCCACAUCCACCAUGGAACAGCAUCAUUUCUCCCAGACAGUGUCCAUCCUGCAGCUGGAAGGGCACAAUAUUUUCUCCAACCUGACUUCCAGCGAGUACGAGCAGGUGCUAGAGAUCAUCCGCAAAGCCAUCAUCGCCACCGACCUGGCACUCUACUUUGGCAACCGCAAGCAGCUUGCUGAUCUGCUGAGCACAAGCGCACUGGACCUGAACAACCACGCCCACAGGGACCGUGUAAUUGGCCUGAUGAUGACUGCGUGUGAUCUCUGCUCCGUUACCAAACUGUGGCCCAUCACCCGCCUCACAGCCAAUGACAUCUAUGCAGAGUUCUGGGCUGAGGGGGAUGAGAUGAAGAAGAUAGGAAUGCAGCCCAUUCCGAUGAUGGACAGGGAUAAGAAGGAUGAGGUUCCAGAGGGACAGGUGGGUUUUUACAAUGCAGUGGCCAUUCCGUGUUACACCACCCUGUCUGAGCUGUUCCCUCCUUCUUCUCCUCUUCUUAGAGCCUGCAGGGAAAACCUGGGCCAAUGGGAGCGGAUAGUUCGAGGAGAGGAGCCGUGUGCAUGGACUCCAUGUGAGGAACCAGAGCAGAGUGAGCUUCUGGAGACCGGACCAGUCAAAGUGGACAACUGACUCAGCCUGAGACCUUCAGGCUUGAACACGACACCAUCCGCACCCUGCCGGAGACGAUGCACUUCCUUUAGAACAGUCCCACUUCCUCUGGAGAUGGGAGGGAGUACAGAGGCCAGGCAGGAGAGGUGAUAUUCACCAAGCAACUAAAGGAAGAAUCUAAAAGAGAUGAAGCAAAACAAGCGUUACCUCAGUGGGUGACGGAGGCUAUAGACUCUAAUUAUAACGGCUGUCCCAGGAUGCAGGAUUCACUCGCCUCAGAACUGCUCGGUGUCGGACCACCUUCGGUCUGACCGGACUUCAUUAGCUUCAAGAGUUUUCCUCAGACAGUUGCUUUUUUUUUUUUUUUUUUUUAAAUGCUUAAGUUUUGAGGUGAAAUCUAAUUCUUUGUUUUUCAAAUGGUUUCUUUUGUGGUCUUGUAUUUAAAGAGGCCUUAAAAUCUGAACCUGCAGUUACUACUAAAUGACUCGUAACUGGAGGGGUUUCAGGUCGUCUGAAGUGGUACGUUAAUUUCUGCUGUGAUCAAAACAUUGAACACAAAACCUGCUUAGGAGUUUCAGAGACGGUAGGGAGCGCGAGGCGAGGCGAGGCAGAGCACAGUGGCAGUCUUGUGGACGUGUUCUGUUCGUUUGUACAAAGAUGUUUUGCAGUACUUGAAUGAAGAAAUGCAGCCAGGGGAUGGGGGGGGAGGAGAAAAACGAACCCUGCAGCAUAUCCGUCUGAAGUAAGAAAGCUGGAUGAUUCUGAACCUUACUGUAGUCAUGCAAGAGUCACAAUGUUCCUCUCCAAAACCUAGGACCAUUCAACCAGCUUUUGAUCCCCUUGUCCCGAAAGCGCUCAACCUUGGGCAAUCCACGCGUUUUUAAGGCAAUCGCAGUGCAUCGUGAUGCUGUAGUGGCAGGCACACACCAUCAGUUCUCACUAUUAGUAAUUAUAGACUUCUGAAGUGUCCAUUGCGCACUCUAAAAAUAGGGCUGUUCAUUUUUAUAUUCAAGUCUUAUGCACGUGAUGAGUUCUAACAAACACAUGUCUCGUUAGUGCUUGGCACUCUUGGUGAAUUUGGAGAAAGUAGUACAGGAAAGAAAACAACCACGAUGACGACGCUUGCUAUAAUUUGUGCCCAAUCGUUCAUUUUUCUGAAGGGUACGUCCCCCCUGACACGGCAGUCUUGAUUACUGCUGCAGAACAUUUCCUCCAACACGACCUUAAUAUUAAAAGGUUCUGUCUCGGAUAAAACAUCAUGAUAAACAAUGAUUGACUUGAACUAUUAAAAGUUCACUAAUGUCUCAAAGCAAUAAGUUAAAUCAUCAUUAAUUAAAAGUAUGGAAUGAUAGUACUGAGUAAUAAAGUUGUGUCUGAAGCUCAAUCUGAAAACCUUGAACUGUCAAACCCUUCACAUAGUCCUCUUUAAAACAUUUUGUGUAUAAAAAUGAAACACUUAAAUUGAACACUGUGCUGUUAAACGAUAUAUUCAAGUGAUGGUUAAACAUACAAUUAGGCUACACAGCCAAAGGUAAAUUAGAAUGAAGAAUCAUCUAUAAAAUAAGAGAUGAUUGAUUACAUUUGUUAUGAAAAUAGAUCAUUGUCAUGCAGUUUGAGUCAGCUUGCAUUUGUUUUUUCACUCUGAGACAUUGCCAGAGCUCUGAAUGCCUUCAUAUCGGUAAAUCCUACAGAACGGAGGAGCGAAUGUAACCAACAGAGCGGCAAACUGCUUGACGCGUGUUUGUUUUUUGGGGUACGGUGUCAGAUAUGGUCGUAUAUAUGUACACUACCGUUCAAAAGUUUGGGGUCACUUUGAAAUGUCCUUAUUUUUGAAAGAAAAGCACUGUUCUUUUCAAUGAAGAUCACUUUAAACUAAUCAGAAAUACACUCUAUAGAGAUCUUGCAGUCAAGUGACCGGAAAGUACACAGCCGCCAUCUUGUCGGUAAAAAACACCGCUGAAUACUGCUGCACUCGUGUACAGAAUGGAUCAAUUUCAGCCGACGGACUACACGGCUCAUUUUUCUAAUGAACAGAUAACUAGAUAUAUGUCUAAAAUAAACGACCUACAGAUUAGUGACCCUUAUGGCUUACCGGACGGAGUUUUCACGACCGGAUUUUGAACUGCCAGCGGAAUACCCGGACGUGUAUAAUUACCUCAUUAACUUUCCCUCGCUGUUCAGUGGUGAAGCACUGCGUGCCUAUAAAUCUCUGGACAGUUAUCUUUACAGAAAUUCAGGAUUUGUCAGUGACUCAGAUGUGGCAUCUUGUAAACAAGAAUCCUCAUUGGACGGGUAAGUCACUUAAGUAUUGAGUAUAGCACUGACCAGCCGAUUAUAGAAUAGAAUAAGGUAAUUCCAGCUGUAAUUCCAAAUCGUCCGUCUUGUUUACCUUGGAUCUGGCGUUGGAGAGGUAGAGGCUUAGCAGUGGAGGUUUGAGUGGCUCGCUUUUGCUUCCGCUCCCGGCGCCGCCUCCUUCGCUUUGCUUCCGAUAACAAUCCACGGAGACCCCGCUGGUCUCGCUAUCUCGUCCGGAAUGUUGUGCAUGCGAUGGAAAUCGCUACAAACCGUCAUUUUCUGCUGGAAACCCAUGUCCAGUAAGUCCAUACGGUUGUAGUGGAUAUUGAAGUCCGGUACAGACGAACAACACGCAAAAAUACACACAAAAAACAUAAAAAACGUGCACAGGUAGGGAGAGCUUGUAGCCGCAGUCGUUGUAGUAGAAUUGUAGGGUUUUCCAGAAGAAAAGGUAGAAGUAAAAGCAGAAGUAGAAGGCGGAAGUAUGGCGUUUGACCGACAAGAUGGCAUCUGUCACAAUCUGGAUCGGCUGUGACGUCACAUGCAAGUGCUCCAUACAUCGCUAAUAUGGUAAAUGACUAUUCUAGCUGCAAAUGUCUGGUUUUUGGUGCAAUAUCUCCAUAGGUGUAUAGAGGCCCAUUUCCAGCAACUCUCACUCCAGUGUUCUAAUGGUACAAUGUGUUUGCUCAUUGCCUCAGAAGGCUAAUGGAUGAUUAGAAAACCCUUGUACAAUCAUGUUAGCACAGCUGAAAACAGUUGAGCUCUUUAGAGAAGCUAUAAAACUGACCUUCCUUUGAGCAGAUUGAGUUUCUGGAGCAUCACAUUUGUGGGGUCGAUUAAACGCUCAAAAUGGCCAGAAAAAUGUCUUGACUAUAUUUUCUAUUCAUUUUACAACUUAUGGUGGGAAAUAAAAGUGUGACCUUUCAUGGAAACACACAAAAUUGUCUGGGUGACCCCAAACUUUUGAACGGUAGUGUAUGUUCAUUAAGUACAUCUUCCACUGGAGAGUGUGCGUGUCAUUGUUUUCUUUUCUCCCCCCGUACUUUUAGCACAUCUGCAGUGCACGUGCAUGAAAACGUGUUUAUGUUCCAAGACGUAAGCUCCACUCUUAUGGUGCUACCUUAGGUCUUAGGCAGCCACGCACUUUCCAGUUGUGCACUAUACCCCCUUCAAACAAGAAUCUGAAUUGAGAGGAACUUCACAGCAUUAUCCACCUCAGUGACUGACUGCGCUCAAUCCCCAGCCUGGUUUUCUCCCCUCACAUGCACUAGGUUUAGAGACUAUUACCGUAUAUCUUAAUUUUAUUAUGGUUCCUAUUAUAUUGCUAUUAUUACUGCAACUAUCAAUGAUUAUUAGCAUUGUUAUUUUCUUAAUUAGAAGUCAAUUUUAAAUUAACUUAUAUUUUUUUAUACGAAAAAAAAAGUUAGCAUUUUUGUUUUGUACAGAGCAAAGUUGUGCAUCAUUAAGUGAAUGGUCAUGUUGCCCAAGAAUAAUGAGGAAUGUCUUGACUGUAAAUAUAAGAGCAGUAAUUUUAUUAAAUAUUUCUGGGAAAAAAAA